CUCUUGGGUGUUUCUUCUUAAAGGUCUCGCUCACAGAUCCAAAUCAGAACCUCAACACCAAACAAAACAAAAGGCCUUCCUUUCCGGCGGCCAUCGAUCGCUAACGUGUUCGUGAUCUUCUUUCACCGCAUCGUAGAUUCGUAGGUGAUUCGUGGGUACGUACGUACGUAGGACCUACCAUCCUCGUACUGGGUCAAACAAGAACCGGCGCAGCUUAGCAACAGACCUAAACAAAAACAAAAACAAAUGAUCAUCAACGUGAAGGAGUCGACGAUGGUGCGGCCAGGCGGGGAGACCCCCCGCCGCGCGCUAUGGAACUCGAACGUAGACCUGGUGGUACCGCGCUUCCACACCCCGAGUGUGUACUUUUACAGGCCAACCACGGGCGCGUCCAACUUCUUCGACGCUUGGGUGCUGAAGGAGGCACUCAGCAAGGCCCUCGUCCCCUUCUAUCCUAUGGCCGGCCGCCUCAAGCGGGACACCGAUGGUAGGAUCGAGAUCGAUUGUAACGCCGAGGGUGUGCUCUUCGUCGAGGCUGAUACCACCUCCGUCGUCGACGAUUUCGGCGAUUUCGCGCCCACGUUAGAGCUGCGGCAACUCAUUCCGGCUGUGGAUUAUUCCAAAGGGAUCGAGUCCUAUCCCCUGUUGGUCUUGCAGGUAACGUAUUUUAAAUGUGGUGGGGUGUCACUCGGUGUUGGCAUGCAACACCAUGCAGCAGAUGGGUUUUCUGGUCUCCACUUUGUGAACACAUGGUCAGAUAUGGCUCGGGGUCUCGACCUCACCCUUCCACCGUUCAUUGACCGGACCCUACUCCUUGCCCGGGACCCACCUCAACCUGCAUUCCAGCACAUCGAAUACCAGCCUCCUCCUCCCAUGAAAAACCCUCCUGUAAACUCCACAAAACCUGGUCCCGAGACUGCCUUGGUCUCCAUCUUCAAAAUAACCAGGGACCAGCUCAACACCCUCAAAGCCAAGUCCAAAGAAGAUGGCAACUCAGUCAGCUACAGCUCAUACGAGAUGCUGUCGGGUCACGUGUGGAGAUGCACGUGCAUGGCACGUGGACUCCCUGAGGAUCAGGAGACCAAGCUGUACAUUGCGACUGAUGGUCGGUCCAGACUGCACCCUCCAUUGCCGCCUGGUUACUUUGGCAAUGUGAUCUUCACCGCGACUCCAAUGGCUUUAGCGGGCGAUCUGCAGUCGAAACCGACAUGGUAUGCUGCUAGCAGGAUUCACGAUGCAUUGGCUAGGAUGGACAAUGAAUAUUUGAGAUCUGCGCUCGACUAUCUAGAGCUGCAGCCUGAUCUCUCGGCUCUUGUUCGUGGUGCUCAUACUUUUAGAUGUCCAAACCUUGGCAUAACCAGCUGGAUCAGGCUGCCUAUCCACGACGCUGAUUUUGGGUGGGGUAGACCCAUUUUCAUGGGACCUGGUGGGAUUCCAUACGAGGGGUUGUCAUUUAUAAUACCAAGCUCGAGUAGUACUGACAAUAGCUUAUCCGUAGCCAUUGCUCUGCAACAUGAACAUAUGAAAGUGUUUGAAAAGUUGUUCUAUGAGUUUUGAGGGAAUGAAAAAGCAUGAGGAACCCUUCCAGGCUGAAUUGUGGCGUCUCAUCUUCGGGUAUACCCCAAAUUUUCCUUAGGUGGUUGUUUUUUUAUUGUUUCCAUAGUGCUUUUUUAUUCGUUAUAAUUUGUGUCACAGACUUGUUUAAGCUGAAAUCUGACAUGUUGAUUAAUUAAACUUUAGUACUGGACUUCGAAAAAAUGUAUUCUGAUUUAAUAUUAAAUUUAUAAGAAGCAUAAUGUUUAUAUUAUUAA